UCCCAUUCUAUCCAUCAUCAACUAACAACAAGCAAUCCAAUAACUUGAAUCUUUUCAUUCAUCUUCAAAAGCUUUUAAAAAGAAUUCAAACUUUCAGACAAAAGAAAUAAAAUGGCUUUGGUGAGAAGUCUAUUGAGUGCAAAGAAGAUUCUAAGCCGCUCCUCAGCGGCACCAAAAGGGUUUCUUGCAGUGUACGUAGGAGAGAGCCAGAAGAAGAGAUAUUUGGUGCCAAUCUCAUACUUGAAUCAAUCUUCGUUUCAAGCUCUUCUCAGUAAAUCAGAAGAAGAGUUUGGGUUUGAUCAUCCGAUGGGUGGUUUAACGAUACCAUGUCCUGAAGAUACCUUCAUCAAUGUGACUUCUCGGCUCCAACGAUGAUGAUUAUCCAACAUUUGUACAUCUUCCGAGUUAGAGAUAGACUUGUUCCUUGUAAAUAGAGGGUUUUAUUCUUUCUUCUUGGAAGAGUUGUUCUAAAUUUUUUGAAAUGGAUGCCAUUUUUUAUUCAAUAGACACGAUCAUGGUUCAUGUUAAUUA